GAAGCCGCCAUCUUGACUCUUUCUUCCCGCAUUGACAUCACGUUGUCCCUUUCAUUUAAGGUACGCCUAAACCUAAAGGAAACCGGUUUUUUCUCUCGCAUACACCACAAUGAGCGACGACGACCGGGAUAUCGAUAUCGACAGUGAUGAUGAACCCUUGGACUCAUAUGAUGGGGCAUCAGGAAGAACCAAUAUUCAGUAUCAAUCUCAGGCAGAAAAACGAGCUCACCACAAUGCAUUGGAAAGAAGAAGACGAGAUCACAUCAAGGACAGUUUCAGCAGCCUCAGAGAUUGCGUUCCCUCCUUGCAAGGCGAAAAGUCAAGCCGAGCAACAAUUCUGAAAAAGGCAGCAGAAUACAUUCAGUUGAUGAGAAAGAGAAAUUCCUCUCACCAGCAAGACAUUGAUGAUCUGAAAAAGCAGAACCAGAUCCUUGAGCAACAGAUUCGAGCACUGGACAAAGCCAAGUCAACAGGGAGGAUCUCUCCUUUGCUGGGGCGUUCCACAGGUGACGGCCCAUCGACGAGGUCCAAAGCAGCUGAUGUCACUCCUCCAGAUUCCAACAGCUCUGGUUCUGAUUCAGAUCUGGAAGGACGACGACCACCCAAGAGGAUACAGCUGCUUGCAUCUUCUUAAAUAGGCCAUGUUUGUCAUAUGGUUAAGACAAUGUCACAUGUUCAUUUUGCCAUCUGUCUGCAUCACUGUCCCCCUUUGCUCUUCCCUUUCAUCAUGUCUUAUCUGAUUCUCUUGGGAAUGACUGAAGCUGGGCUUCUCUGCAUUAACACUGAAAAUUCCUUUCUUGAUUUUGUUACUUGGCAAUAAUAUCAAUAAGGGUUUAAUUCAAGUUUAUUGCCCCCUUUGGUUGAGGUUUAUCCAGGUGUUUCCCUUAUUUCCUCUGUAAUUGAAUGCAGUGAGGGGGUCAUCAUCUCAGGGAUAUUCUGCAUUCAGAAAUUUCCAGGUAUUAAUUGCCUGCUUCAUUGCAGUUUGAGUUAACCAGGAUUUUGUGAGGUCCUAUUGCUUGUGCAUCUUCAUGAAAAAUCAGAAGCAUCACAUUUCCUAGUUCUUGAAUAGAGGUGAGUGAAUGAUGGCAUACCUCGUACAAAGCUCACAAGGAAGAGGGAACCACAGGUGAAUGACAUCUUACUUCUGUUUGUAUAUGAUGUAUGAUUUAUGUGCUCUUUCGAGUGGAGAGAGGAGAUGAGAAAAGAUUGUUGUAUUUAUUCCUGUUGUGGACAGCAGGCUAGAAAUAUGCAUGGCCAUUUGUACCGUAACAUCAUCAUGCUUCAGUGUACACCCCACUGUUGGUGGAUCCUUCAGAUUAUCUCCAGGCUGAAACAAUGUUUUAUGUUCAGAGGCAUACUCCCAAAUGUGUGAUCACAUGAAUGCCUCCUUGGGUUUCUGGAACUGACUGGACAGUUACUAUUCAAAGUCACUGCUCAUGGUCUUUUGUUGACCAAUUAAAGGGUGAUUAUACAAGUUCUGAGCAAAUGAAAUUUUAUUUCUUAAAUAAGGCAUGAAAGAUCAUGGGUUUCUUCAGUACAAAGUAAUAAAGCCCAUCCUUGCUCUGCUUGAUAAUGCAUUCAUUGUGUUGUGAAGUGACCAGGACACUUGAGAUUGCAUCAUCCAUCUUCCACACUGUAUUCUUAGUUAGCAAAGCUCACAGUGCAGCUGUGUUAUAAUUAUUUUGAUGAUGACAAUUCCUAUUGUCUGUCCCAGUGAAUGUGUUCAUUUUCAGAAAAAACAAGACCCAUCAUUGAAGUUUCUAAAAGUUUUAUGCCUAAUGUCCUGAAAAGAUAAAUUACCAGCAUUUUGUUCAGUAAAUAUAGUCACCCUCAAUCAAUUGACCUCUUUAAUUACAGGGGAUAUCUGUCGAACAUCUUUGCUUGUGGUUAAACUGGUCCUCAAGCCUCUGACAGUGAUAGCAGAACAAUUUCAAUAAAAUAUGGCAGUCAUAUGCAUUGAGAAAAUGUCAGCCCUUGCCUCAUCUCUACUGCAUGUCUGUGAUGGUUCCCUAUGUCUUCUUCCUUGUUCCUAGGCUAAAGAAUAAAGAUUAUUGUCUAUUAUCCC